GGCCCAGCUAUUUUUAAAGCCAAUCAACUCUAUUGCUAUCGUAUGUUCUCGAAGGAAAAGCGCAUCAGUGUGAAAAAUCGUGUAACACAUCGAAUUUUCUCGAUCAUAUUGUGAAAACAUACCAAUUCAUAUAUAAAGCAGCCGGUGUCCGAACGUUUUUUCAUUUUUGAAACGUAGAUAAAACCAAAAUGACCACAGAGCAAUUAAAGGAUGAAGCAGUCGAAUUUAAAGAGCAAGGUAACGCCGCAUUCAAGGCGGGCGAUUGGAACGGUGCGAUUGAGGCGUACACAAAUGCCAUCAAGUAUGGGGAUCAGCACAAACAACUUGCCACAUUCUACAAGAAUCGAGCAGCCGCCUAUUUGAAAUUGGAGAAAUUCGAGCAAGUCGUGCGAGAUUGUAACAAAUCAUUGGAAUUGGAACCAAACGAACCGAAGGCACUAUUCCGUCGGGCACAGGCCAAAGAACAACUGGGUCAUUUCGAAGAAGCCUAUCGUGAUGCAGUCAGUGUAUGGAAUGUGGACAAAAGUGAUAAGUCAGUGAAAAGUUUCGUGGAGCAUUUACACCCCAUCGUUCAACGGCGUGCUGAAGAGAAUGCCCAAACAUCCAGCAAAGUGCAAAAGAUGAUGGAAAUCGCAUUCGAUAUGGAAAAACCGCAAGAUACUCGUACAUCAGCCAUGAAUAACAUUUUGGUUUUGGCCCGUGAACAUGUCGGUGCUGAAUUGCUGUUCAAAGAGGGUGUCAUCCAGAAAAUUGUGAACCUUUUGAAAUACGAGAAAAAUAAGGAGAUUUGCGUGAAUGCAAUCAGAACGAUUGGUGAAUUGUGCAACAGAUCAUUGCAACGCACACGUGAAGUCCUACAAAUCAUCGGUGUACCGUGGUUUUUGCAAAUUUUGAACAGCAGAGAAACAGAACGAGUUAGUGCCGUACAGCACUGUAUUCAGACGAUAUUGAAUUCAUUUUCGGGCAUGGAAAACAAACCCGAUUCCAAACCGAACAAGGAAAUUUGCGAAGAGAACAAAUCCGAAAUCGAUGCAAUCCUAUCGACUCUGGUAUAUUCCAUUACUGAACCAACGAUUAGCGGUUUGGCCAGAGAUGCAAUUAUUGAAAUUAUUACACGAAACAGCCAUUACGACGCAUUGAAUUGGGGUGAACGCAUGGUUGAAAUCAAAGGGUUACAUCGAUUGCUGAUGGUGUGCAGUGAAUUGGAAGAGUACAAAUCGGAGAGCUCAAUGGAAAUAACGGCAUCAUCGAGAACCAUAGCUGCCGUUUGUUUGUCUCGCAUUUAUGACACCAUGUAUUACGAUAAACUACGGGAACGGUACAGAGAUCAAGUGGAUGAGUUUAUCAAAGACAAGCUCUUGGACCCUGAAAUGCAAGAAAAAGUGCGCGUCGUCGUGGUUCUUACAUCAGUUUUGACCUGUGCACCAGAUGUUGGCUCUACGAUUAUCAGUCGCGAGGGAAUUUUGCAAAUGAUUCUAGCCAUGGCUUCGUCCGAUGAUGUUAUUCAGCAGAAAGUCGCUUGUGAAUGCAUCGUUGCGGCCUGUUUGAAACAAGACAAAGCCAAAGCCAUCAUGUCACAAGGUGUGGAUAUUCUGAAGAAAUUGUACAAUUCAAAAGACGAUUCCAUCAAAGUGAGAGCAUUGGUUGGCUUGUGUAAGUUGGGCAGUUCAGGCGGUGUUGAUGCAUCUAUUCGUCCAUUCGCAGAUGGUGCCACUUUGAAAUUGGCUGAAGCAUGUCGCCGAUUCUUAAUCAAACCGGGCAAAGACAAGGAUAUUCGAAAAUGGGCUGCUGAUGGAUUGGCCUAUUUGACUUUGGAUGCUGAAGUUAAGGAAAAACUAAUUGAUGAUACGGCAGCAAUUAAAGCGCUCAUCGAACUGGCCAAAACUGGUGAUCAGGAUGUGUUGUACGGUGUUGUGACAACAUUUGUGAACCUUUGCAAUGCAUACGACAAACAAGAGAUGGUUCCGGAAAUGGUCGAAUUGGCUAAAUUCGCUAAACAUCACAUACCCGAAGAACAUGAAUUGGACGAUGCUGAUUUUGUAAACAAACGUAUUUCCAUGUUGACGGAUGCAGGCAUCACAUCGGCACUGGUUGCACUUUCAAAAACCGAAAGUAACAACUCGAAAGAAUUGAUUGCGCGUGUGAUGAACUCCAUUUGCAAUCUACAAGAAUUACGUGGUAAAGUGGUUCAACAGGGUGGUGCCAAGGCACUAUUGCCACUUUGCUUCAAUGGCACGGAAAAAGGAAAACGGCAAGCAGCUCAAGCUCUCUCUCGCAUCGGCAUCACAAUCAAUCCAGAGGUGGCAUUCCCCGGACAGAGACAUCUUGAAGUGAUUCGACCCCUAUUGAAUCAACUCAACCAGGACUACACCGCAUUGGAAAACUUCGAAGCAUUGAUGGCUCUGUGCAAUUUGGCACAAAUGAAUGAAACGGUACGCCAACGGAUCAUCAAAGAAGGAGGCUUGAAUAAAAUCGAAAUGUACCUCAUGGAAGACCAUUUGAUGUUGAGCAGAGCCGCCACACAAGUCAUCUGCAAUUUGGUCAUGUCUGAAGAUGUGAUAAAACUCUUCGAAGGAAAUAAUGAUCGUGUGAAAUUUUUGUGUCUUUUGAGCGAAGAAGAAGAUGAAGAGACAGCCAUGGCUGCGGCGGGUGCAUUGGCCAUUCUCACUUCCUGCAGCAAGAUUUGCUGUGAAAAAAUGUUCGAACCAGCAUCAUGGCUUGAAAUAUUCCACACAUUAAUUGCCAAUCCAUCACCACAAGUGCAACAUCGAGGUUUGGUUAUCGUCUUGAAUGUCAUUCGUUCCAGCAACGAAAUGGCCGAAAAACUACUGAGCACCGAUGUCAUCGACUUGCUUAACGGUUUGUCGCAAUUGCCUGACGAAAGCCGGGCAAAAGCUCGAGAAAUUGCCGCCGAGUGUCUUAAAGAAGCAGAAAAACUACAACUCGUCCAGAAAUCCAAUGGAAACGCCGAAUAAAUCGAUUCAAAAAUUUUAAGGUCAUCAAAUGUACCAGUCCAUAUCAUCCAAUCGAUAGCUAAUAAAAUUUUCAUACCUAUUUUUAGAUCUAAUGUUCUUCCGAAAUAUAUUGUAUUUAUCUUCUUCUUUUUUUUUAAAUAUUCUAGACAAUCGUUGACGAACCAAUAAAUUACCAGAAUUGAGCAA